AUGGCUCGCGAUCUUGGUUCCGAUGCCGCGCCCCGCGAGGUGCCGCUGCGGGGCUGGACGACUGUGCCCAAGGGGGGGCAGCUGGUCUUGGACCGGCCCGGCACCUUCCUGGCAGGGGGGCUGGUCGCUCAUGGAUCGAUCGACAUCGUCAUCCCGCGGGGCGUGCGAUUGCUGGCCAGCCACAAGCGCUCGGACUACGGCCCCACCCAGCCAGACUGGUACCUGAUCGCCCUGCGCAACUGCACCGGAUGCAGCCUGCGCGGCGGCGGCACCCUGGACGGGGACGCCCGCGCCUGGGACAAGGUUCGCGCGCCCGGGCGCCGAGCGCUGGUGGACUGGGCUGACCCCUCCUGCCCCGUGCCCAGCGAGUGCCGCCCCCGGCUGCUGGGGGUGCUGGACUCCCGCCAGGUCAGCGUGCGGGGCCUGGCCCUGCGCGACCCCGUGUACUGGGCCCUGCAUGUCAGGCACAGCGUGCACGUCGCGCUGGACGGCCUGGACAUCCACAGCGAGUGGGGCGUGGCCAACGCCGACGGCGUGGAUGUGGACGGCUCCUGGGACGUGGACGUGCGGGGCUGCACCGUGCUCACCGCCGACGACGCAGUGUGCCUCAAGGCGUGUACGCCGGGGCGUCCCACGCGCCGCGUCAGCGUCACAAACUGCACGCUGCGCUCCCGCUCCGCCGCCGUCAAGGUUGGGAGCGAGACCCGGGCCGACAUCAGCGACGUGACCUUCGGUGACCUCACGAUCCUGCCCUCCCACCGAGGCCUGGCCAUCCAGUUGCGGGACGAGGGCAGCGUUGAGCGCAUCGCCUUCCGGGACAUUGGCCUGCACGCCCGCCACUACCACCCCAGCUGGUGGGGGGGCGGGGAGGCGCUGCACGUCACCGCCGUCCCUCGCGUGGCAGGGGGCCCCUUGGGCAGGGUGAGGGGCGUGAGCGUGGAGCGCGUGCAGGCGCGGUCCGAGACGGGGGUGUUUGUGGCGGGGCGUGUCAGCGACCUGCGCAUCAGCCAAGCGCACCUGACCAUGGCCUGGCGCUCCGGCUGGCCGUACGCGGGGCUGGACUUCCGGCCCAGCGACCGCGGCGUGGUGCCAGGGACCACCUCACAUGCCCUGUUCGUGACCGAGGGGGCGGCGGUGGCCGUGCGGGAUUCUGCGGUCGAGUACCUGCGGCCCCUGCGCCCCGACUGGGGGAGCCCGCUCCUGCAGUCUCAGGGGGGAAGAUCCGAGCUGCAGGAUGUGCACGUUACCGGGUGGUGCGACGCACCGAGUCUGCUGACCACUGUGAACGGGGAUGCAGUGUAA